CGCCACUCCUAUCGAGGAGUAUUCCCCAGGGAAAAAAAAAAAAUCUCCAAAAUGGCAAUCCCGGCCUUGGUGGUGGCGGCGGCGAAGCUCGCCGUCCUGGUGGCCGCCGCCGCGACGGCGGCCAACGCGGCCUCCUUCGCGCGGUACCGGCGCCGUCACCUCCGCCGCAUCCCCAACCCCAUCGACGAGUCCGCCGACCCCAUCGCGGACUUCCGCGCUCUCCCCUCGUCCUCCGCUGCCGCCUCAGAAGAUGACAGUUUCUUCUUUGGGCUAGCGACCGCGCCUGCGCAUGUUGAGGACAGGCUGGAAGAUGCUUGGCUUCAGUUUGCAAUUGAGCAUUCAUGCGAUGAAAAGGAGGCUGUGAGCGACCAGAAACCAGCAAAUGCGGUGAUGGCAUCUGCCGCUGGUGAUGGAGGCUCUCAACUGGCUUCUAGGUCAAUAGGAGAGGAAAAGGCUGACGAUAGAGAGAAAAGGAAGCCUCUUAAGGUAGCAAUGGAGGCAAUGCUCAGGGGGUUUGAAAUGUUUGCUGAGGGUGGAGAGUCCAGUGGAGGCGAUAAUUGCAGCCACAAUGUUGCAGCUUGGCACAAUGUUCCAUGCCCGCAAGAAAGGCUCAAAUUUUGGUCUGAUCCUGAUACUGAGUUGAAACUUGCUAAGGAAACCGGCAUCAGUGUUUUCCGCAUGGGUAUAGAUUGGACAAGGGUAAUGCCUAAGGAACCAACUGAAGAGUUUAAGAGCUCAGUCAAUUUUGCAGCACUUGAGCGGUAUAGAUGGAUCAUUCAAAGGGUUCACGAAUAUGGAAUGAAAGUUAUGCUUACAUUAUUUCAUCACUCACUUCCAUCUUGGGCUGGAGAAUAUGGGGGGUGGAAGAUGGAAAAAACUGUCAAUUACUUCAUGGAUUUUGUGAGGCUUGUUGUUGAUCGUGUAUCAGAUUUAGUGGACUACUGGGUGAUUUUCAAUGAACCCCAUGUGUUUGCGAUUCUGACCUAUUGUGCUGGUGCUUGGCCUGGUGGGGACCCUAAUGCAAUUGAAGUAGCAACAUCUGCUUUGCCAACUGGUGUAUACAAUCAAGCGUUGCAUUGGAUGGCUAUUGCACAUGUGGAAGCCUACGACUACAUACAUUUGGAAAGCAAAAAUGCAAGGAAGCCAAUCGUUGGUGUCGCUCAUCAUGUAUCGUUUACACGUCCGUAUGGUCUAUUUGAUCUUGCGGCUGUCACACUGGCUAAUUCGUUGACCCUUUUCCCUUAUAUUGAUAGCAUAUCUGAUAAACUAGACUUUAUUGGCAUCAACUACUAUGGUCAGGAGGUGAUAUCAGGACCUGGUCUAAAGCUUGUGGACAAUGACGAGUACAGUGAAUCUGGUCGUGGUGUUUAUCCCGAUGGACUGUUCCGUAUACUGAUUCAGUUCAAUGAACGAUACAAGAGCUUAAAUAUACCUUUUAUCAUUACUGAAAAUGGAGUUUCCGAUGAGACUGAUCUGAUUCGGAAGCCAUACAUUUUGGAGCACUUGUUAGCCAUAUAUGCUGCAAUAAUCAUGGGUGUGCGUGUGCUUGGUUAUCUAUUCUGGACAACAUCGGAUAAUUGGGAAUGGGCGGAUGGUUAUGGUCCCAAGUUUGGGCUUGUUGCUGUUGAUCGUGCUAACAACCUAGCACGGAAACCUCGGCCUUCAUACUAUUUAUUCUCCAAGGUUGUUACAACUGGGAAAAUUACAAGACAGGACAGAGCAUUUGCUUGGAGGGAACUGCAACAAGUUGCAUUUCAGAAGAAAACACGUCCAUUUUUCAGGGCAGUAGAUAAACAUGGUCGGAUGUAUGCAGGGGGUCUAGAUCGGCCUAUUCAGCGACCUUUCGUAUUGCGGGAUUGGCGAUUUGGUCAUUAUGAAAUGGAAGGCUUGCAGGAUCCUUUGAGUCGCUUUAUAAGAUCCAUUGUUUCACCAAUUUCACGCAAGAAGAAGAUUCAUUACAUUGAGGAUGACGUAUUCUCUAAUUCUAUUUCCUGUUGAUGCUUGUUACUCUAGUUGGUGAGUCAAGAUAAUUUGAUAGUCCUGUUUUUUUCUUUCCUUGUAUAUCACCUAUCUAGAACUGCUUGUCCUGAUUCUUUUGUAGAUAAGUAGGUUAAUUUGUCCUCUAGAUGAAAUAAAUAAAAAGUUCUGGGAAAUGAAAGCUUCAUGAUC